AUUCGUCUACUUACAGUGAACUUCAUUUUGAUGGUAAGCCAGGCAAACUCUGCUGGUAAUUGAUGUGUACUCUUAGUUUUUAUACAUAAUACCCCAAAGUUAAAUGUGAAAAUGGGUUUACCUUAUUGGCAGGUGCCCUGUGUUCACAGAAGCAUGACGGGUUUCCUGAGGAAGUGCUCUGAUAAGAGGAGGCUUUGAUAGCAGCCUGAUUGAAUUCAUUGCGUAGAGGGAAACUUGUCAUGUGUCCACAAAAUGAGAACUGAUGGUCUGUGAGGGAAUUAAAAAACUUGAGCCAUACUGAAAAGGAAGGAGUUUGACAGCAACAGACUCCUGCUUGUGUCUCUCCUCUGCUGGGACUGCUGUGUGCUCAUCCAGGUGCCCUGUGUUCACAGAAGCAUGACGGGUUUCCUGGGGAAGUGCUCUGAUAAGAGGAGGCUUUGAUAGCAGCCUGAUUGAAUUCAUUGCGUAGAGGGAGAUGAAAGAAAACUUGUCAUGGCUGCAGUCCUUGUUUUGCUGGGAGUCUUCUGGGCUCAGACUUCUGCACUCAACACCUUUGUGCUGCGGGAGCCUGGCAGUAACUAUGUCACUGGGACCAUGACCAUCCACAGCGAGGAGCACGUCGUCGACGUCCACGUCCGCUCCGGCAUCUACUCCUCCGACACCAUUUUUGACUACUCCCAUGGGUAUAUUGCCACCAGGCUGUUCUCCCGAAAUGCCUGCUUUAUCAUGAAAAUCAAGAAAGAAAUAAUCCCCGAGCUGCGCGAGAUCGGCCGGUUGGCUUUUGAGAGACAGACCAUGAAGGAUGUUUACUCUCCAAAUAAUGUGUGGACCCUGUUUCAAUCUGGCGACUCUGUGCUGGGGCGUUUGAAGGACUGGAUUCUCUAUGGCAAACACAUUGAACAGCUCUGCUCGGGGCUGCCCCUCUACCAGCUCGCAACCACUGAAGCACCAGAGAACACUGAUGGCUGUGCCAGUGCAGGAAUUCCGAGUAUUUUGGGCCUCCAAAUCUGUGAACAACUCAUUGCAACUGGAUCUUGACAUUCCUGCUGCUAGGAAUUGCCUGGUUUCUUUGCAUGCUUUUGUGAUGGAGACCGUGUUCUCCAGCUGGAACAGAGCUCGGGUGUGAGGCUCAACUUGCCUAUUCAAAGCUUUG